UCGUUCUUCAAGAUACACCAAGGCACACUUGACUUUAGUCGACCCGUCCAUGAUCCUCUCGUUUGUACGCCGCCAUGGUGUGCGCCAUGCAACGUCCAGCUCUCGACUGGGGGCACUUCGCUCUACUCUCGCCAGUAAAGGCAACGACGUGAACAGUCGCCGCUUUGAAAAUGAGAGCUACUACGCAGACCUGCGCAAGCCUGUACUCGAAGCGACGACAAUCAACCCUGAAACUUACACGUCGACAGAGUUUUACGAGCGUGAACAGGAGCUUUUGUUUGCCAAGAGCUGGCAGGUCGUCGGGUACACCGAGAAACUUCGGCAACCAGGGGACACGAUCGUUGGCACAGCAGCUGGGCAGCCCGUUCUUGUGACGCGAGGAAAAGACAACGUGAUUCGUGGAUUCUACAACGUCUGCCGCCACCGUGGGGCGCAAUUGGUGACGAAGAACGGACGGUUCCCAGUGAUCAGUUGCCCGUAUCACCGAUGGGGGUAUGCAUUGGACGGGCGACUUAUCGCUACUCCCAUGUUCAAAGGGGACGGCGUGUCAGAUAACCUGCUUCCACCCGACGAGCACAAACCUUCGGACGCGGUGAAAGAGGCUUUCUCCACGGAAUGCGUCAAAAACUUCAACAAGAAGGACUACGGCUUGCUCCCAGUUCGCAUCGACACAUUUGGUCCGUUCGUGUACGCAAACGUCAGCGGGGACGCGCCCCCGCUGCGAACGUACUUGGGAGACGUCACGCAGUCCCUCCACGAAUAUCCCUUUGACGAGCUCGUGUCGUUCAAGAGCACGACCGUCUCGGUCAAGUGCAACUGGAAACUGCUCGCAGAAAACUUCAUGGAGUACUACCAUCUCCCCGCCGUCCAUCCGCAGCUGUGUGAUGUGUCCGGAGUCGAUGACCACCACCGUGCGCAGGGCACUGGGAGCUACAUUGGGUUUGUCACGUCACCGUUGACAAACGGCGGUACCCCCCUCGAUCUCAACUUGCUCCCUCCGAUGCCUGGUCUAACUGGAGCGAACAAAGUCACGGCGUGGUUCCACCACUACUUUCCCAAUGCAUUCUACUUUUUGCUACCGCAUGGGCUUUUCACCGUCAUUUUAGAGCCCACCAGUACGGAUUGUGCGAUGCGUUCCCAUAACAUGGACGCUUAUGGUAGGCCCGACGACGACGGUCGAGCACGCAGAGCUGUUUGUGCACCCGAGUGUGUACGACGUGCCAGGUCACAAGGAAAAGCUGGACAACAUGUGGGCGUUCUAUGACCGGACCAACAACGAGGACUUUGCGAUCUGCGAGCGUGUCCAGGUUGGGGUCAAAGCCACGGCGUACCAAGGCGGGCGCAUGACGUUUCGGUUUGAAGAGACGAUUCACCGAUUUCAAAACAUGGUGGCCGACUACAUGACGUCCAAGCCGUCCAUUCCCCCGGGCGACGCGUCCCCGCCAUACGAGUUUGAGCGAAAUCACGAAAAGGCACCUAGUGCAUGACAAGAUGACACAGUAUGACUCGAAUGGCACAUCACAAUGGCGAACUUGGCGCUCGUUGCAGGAAGUGCCAAGUUAACGGAAAUAUCGACCCAUCUCGCAUGUGUUGGGCAUGAUCGAAUGAAAGUGACCUCCCUGGUUGCGUGUCAACACCCGGCUCGAAGGUUCUACCGCUGCUGGAUAUGCUGCGUUCGUGUCGUUGGCCGGAGACACGGCACGAAGCAACCAGCCUAGUCCAGAGAGCAUGAACACUUUGCAAGGCCAGACGAAGUGGAGGCGGAGAAGGGCGGUCAAAAUCCCCUCCAUUCCCGUGUCCUCCGAGUGCAGGUCGAAUGUUGGUCCAAUCUGCAGAGCGCACGAGAACC